AUGCUCUCUAAUCUUGCCGUCACCGGUUCUUCUACCAUACUACCGCCAGUCUAUAUUCAAAAUCUUGAAAGAUGCGUUGAAAAGCUACAAAACAGCUCACUUUUACUUCAGGCUUCAAUAAAGAGGCUCGAAACUGGCACAUGUGAUUUUUCUCGGCUGAAUAAGGUGCUGGGCUACAAGAGGAAAUAUGAACUUAUCACCGAAAGCGAUGUCAAUGAUGCACAAAAAAAUCUGGCGACAGAACUUACUCCUAAAAUCCAGUCGUUGAUCGAACAGGCCGAGAGAGAACUAACAAUAUUAGAGCAAAGAGAGCGUGAACUUCAAGAAGAGAUAGACAAACAAGAAAUUGAACUAGAUUCAUUACAACUUGCCAAUACUCUAAACGAAACUAAUCAACCCAAGAAGGACACAGAUCAGAGUAAUAAUAAUAACAGUAGCGCAAAACUGUUUCUGUCACGACAAAAAAAGCAGCAACAGCAAAAUUUAAAAUCGUUAAAGGCUCGACGGAUCGAUUUGACUAAAAAAGUGGAAGAUUUAGCAGAACAGAUGCAGAAAAAGGAAUCAAAGCUUCGAGUCUUUGACACAAGAUCCUCAACCAACAACAUUAUGUCCUCAACCAACAACAUUAUUCUCUCUGAGAUAGAAACCCUACAAAACCAAAUUAGAGAAAUCGACGUCCAAAUUAACGAGAAACAACAAUUAUUAUUAUUACAACACCAAGAAACUCAGAGUCCAUUGGAUUCUCUCAAGAAAAGUGAGCAGCAGCAAGAUAACGAUAUCUGGGCAUCUUACGAAAAACAAUUAAAGUUUUUCAAGGACGCACAAAAAAGAAGCAAGGUGAUAUUCAUGGGCCAUCAAAAAGAUGAUGAUAUAUGUGAAUUUGAAGCGAUUUAUAGUUCAUAUCUUGAAAAUAUAGACGUUGAUUUAUCCGAGAUGACAAAAAGCAUACCCGAGCUAGAAGAAAAACGGGAAUUGGGUAUCGAAUACAUGAAAAGUAUUGCCGAUUUCCUGUACCCCGAAAAUCUCGGUUCGACAAUAGGUCGUGUACUAGAGACUUUACUUAACGAGCGGUACAAAGAAAUAUAUCUACCUCAACUUGGUCAGGAAUUUCCAAAGGCACAAGAACGUCGACAUAAGCUUCAUACUGCCAUAUCGUUCCUUAAUAAUCUCUCGAUCACAGAGACAGAGUUUGAAGAAGACGCAGAUGGCAAGGGACAGUUGCUGUUGAAAAUUAAGUUGGAAGAAGAUAAUUGA